AUGAUCAUCCGGAGGGCAUUCGCGUGCCAAGUCGCCGCCCUUCUUGGAGUAGCCGUCCUCGUCGCAGCCCAGCCGCUGCCUGACGGCGAGUCGUUGAGCGAGGAACAAGCAGGGAAUGGCGGCCUUCAACAGCUCAGAAGAGUGCGCAAGUACAUGGCCCACACCGAUAGGCUCUUUGCUUCCUCGUCGCCCAACUACGACGGGCGAGACUCUUCUCAGCGGAUAACGGCCGGGACGAUCGAAUUUCUCCGCGUGAAUGGAAUCACCAACGUCAUCAGCCUCAACGGGGAGGCCAAUUCCGACCACAUCAUUCGAGCGCUCGCCGCCGCCAACAUUGCCUAUACGCCCCUCCCCGUCAAGGACUUUCUUUCCCCCACCCUGCACGAUCUCGCACGCGGCUGGGCCAGCUUCCUGCGCCGUCGGAAUGGGACCAUCAUCUGGUGCGGCUACGGCCACGGCAGGACGGGGACCAUGGUGACCGCUCUGCAGAUGUAUUCGCAGCAGCAGCGGUCCGAGUUCAGACCUUGGACGAGGGAUGACUACCUGAGCAACUUCGUCGAGAGUGAGUCGCAGACACAUACGCUGGACCGGCUGCAGAACAUCCUUCAGCGGGGAUCCUAUCAUGAGCCCAUGGACGUCGACGAAGAGUCGCCAUCGCAUUGUCGAAAAAUCAAGAAUCUCGAGUUCGGCCUCAAACUUGCCGAUGAAGAUGGCGCCGGAACCUAUGAUAAAAUCGGCGCCGUCAUAGCCGGCAAGUCCGGCACGGCCACCUUCGACAUCGUGGACGACCCGGGAAGGGGAUUCCAGAAAUGGGUCUCCGUCGACAUGAAGUCUGCAUUUGGAUCCGACACCAUCGACAUCGACGUCAUCAGCAGUGUCAAGCUGACCGCCAAGGGAACCUUUGCCUUGUUCAAACCUACCUUCUUGAUGAAUGAUAAAUGGAAGGUAAAAGGCGUCAUGCUACGCGCCAAAUGCUCCGAAACGGGCUACGAGGCUUAUGAAGAUGGCUUCGUCACCCUGGACUCGUGGUUUCAGCAUACAGAUAGCUGGAUUUUCGGCGGCUUCAGUACCGAGACUGUUGCCUCGUGGCAAAUAGCCCCCGGAGACUGGAAAGUUACACCUUGCGAAACCAUUGACAAGCUGGAGUAUGAGUUCAAGUUGGUCGAUGGGUUAUUUGCCGGAACCUCCGAUUCCAUAUCCUUCACCAUCGGAGAGGAGCAAGGCAAGAAAAUUAAGAUAGGCGGAAACGUCAACCCAGGCUUCAGCAGGACUGAUACCGUCAAUCUCACCCAUGUCUUUGGUUCCGACACGGUGAACACGCACAGGCUGAACAAGAUACGCUUGCUGGACGAUUAUGGCGUAGGAGAGGGGGACAAGUGGCAUUUUCAAGGACUGGAACAGCAGAUGCACAUGACAAAGUUUGCAUCAGAAGAUGUCUGGCUCGGACAUGACCGUUCAAAGGAAGUUGUUUGGACCGGUGAUAUUGCAGCCACUGAUUGGCACGCUAAAGAGUUUAUUCCCGACCCUCCGAAGUGA